CACAAAUGGCAGAGGCUGAGAAUUUGAAUGAUCAAUUUGUAAUUGAGACUUUAUAAAAUCUAUUGUAUGAAUACAAUGAGCCAUAUGUUGAGAAAAGAGCUAGAAUUUGUGGAUAAAGUGAUGAUUAUCAAUGUAAAAAAUGAAAAUUAUGAUUAGCUGAAUUUUUUGUUUCCCUAGAGUAGAUUACAAAAAAUGAGUAAACCAUAAAAAAUUUAAUUGAGUUAUGCAUGUUUAUUUUGGAUAAAGCUUAAUAAAGUAAUUUUUAAAGAGAAGAGGAUUUGGCGUAACAUGAAGAAUAAAUUAAUUAAUUAUAAGAUAAGAUAAGCUUUGAAUCUAAAAAUUCUAAAGAGUAUCAAGUAUGCAUCAUUAUAUUUUUUAAGAAAAUGUAUAAAGAGGAAGCUUUAAAAGUUAAAGAACAACUCUAAGAAAUUUAGAAAUUAGAAUAAAGUGUGCUUGAUUAUGCUAAUGAAAUAGCUAUCUUAACUUAGAACUAGAAACAUCGUUAAAGUGAAUAAAAAGUAGUCAUAUUUAGUUAAUAUAGUUAAAAAAUGUGGAAUAAACUGAUAAUAAAAUUAUUGAUGAAUUAAAGUUAUAGAUAUAAAAUUAAAAGUCUGAGAAUGUUAAGCAGAAAGAAAAAAUAGAUUAUUAUAAGAGUCUUUAUGAUAAAUAAUUGACAGAAUUAGAGGAUGCUUUAAAUGAAUUGUCUAUUUUGAGAAUGGAAAAAAUGAAAAAUGAUUCGAAAAUAAAAUCUUCAGAUGUAGAAAUUGCAAAGUUAAAUUAAAUUAUUUUAGAUUAUGAAUAGAAAGUUUAGCUUUGUGAAACAAAGAUCAAUUAGCUUAAUAAAUAAAUAUAUGAUUUAUAAAAUGCUUCUGCUUUUAAAUAUGAAAAUGAUAUAUAAGGUUCCAUGGUAUAGAGAAAUUCAAUAACAACAUCAGCAUUCUAAAAUUAAAAUUAAUAGACGGCGUCUUUCAAUAAUAAUAAUUCGAUGAUUACCAAUACAGUGAAUAGUAAUCUGAAAUCUGAUUUACCUGAUUUAUCUUAUAGAUAACCUCUUCCAUCUUAAUUUAAUGACAUUGAUGAAAUAAAAGAGGCCCCAGAAAAUUUAGAAUAAUCAACUACGCAUUCAAAGAAAAACACAGUAAUUCCCCCUGAGUUUGUUCAACCUUAAUAAUAUGAUAUAGUAAAACUUGAAGAAAAACUUUAAAAAUUAGCUACUCCAAGAUAAUUAGUGACACCUAGAAGUUAAACCAAUAUCACACCAAGAAAUUUAAAAUCUAAAGCUGUUUAAGAAUCUUAAGAAUUAAGAGCUGCUAAAUUAUAAGAUAAAUUAAAAUAAAGUUAAGCUAUGUUAACAUCUCCUAGAAUUUAAUUGCCACAAACUUAAGCUCCUAAAAUUGAUAUUUAAAAAUAAGAAGAUGUCUAAUUAAAAAUAUUAUAAUAAGAACCAUAACCAAUAACUAUUAGAAAUGAAAUCGAUAUUGGAUCUAUAGUAGAUGAAGAUUAUGAAACUUAUUUUUACGAAUAAAAAGUAAAAGUUCCUUAAGCUAAAAAAUAAUUUAAACUACCUCCUUUAUCUAUAGGUGCCAAUGGUGGAAAUUAAUCCUCAUAAGAAGGAACUAAUUAGUAAGUAUAAUAAAAUUAAUAAUAAAACUAAUAAGUUAUUUAGUAAUAAUAAAAACCUCAAUAAAUAUAUAAAGAAAUUAUUUAGACAAAUGAAGAAUAUUUCAUGAAUAUGAAGCAAGACUAAAUUAGAAUUACUAAUCAAUUUGAUCGAGGCCUUAGAUAAAGUAUGAUAGCUACUGGAGUUGGUGGGUAAUAAAAAUAGACUAUUAAAAGAGAUCCAUACAAAGAAUUUUUUGAUUUAGUAAAAUUUAUAAAUAUUUUUAGCUAUGCUAAUGUGUAAAAUUGAAUUCAGAUUACUUUGAUGAUAUAGUGUAUAUCGAUACUACAAAUUACUAUCAAGAGUGCAAAGCAACAGGAAAACCAUAUUAUGAAUGGGAAGAAUGGAUUAGAAAUAGAUUAGAAUCUUAAGUGAGCUUUUCAGAUUGAGC